AUGAAGGAUCUCUUUGGCAUCCAGGAAGUCCAUCGUCCCGCCCAAGACGACGAGCAGUCCAACAAGAACUGUGUCGUGUGCUUGACAGAGGCGAGGAACACGGCCCUGCUCCCGUGCAGCCACUUCUGCGUCUGCCACGCCUGCGCGAUGCACUUGCGCCUAACGCCUGGCCGCAAUCGCUGCCCACUCUGCCGGCAGGAGGUGCGAGACUUGCUUCGGCUGGACAUGACGGAGGAUGCGCCUGAGGAGGUCAAAGAUGCUUCGAAGGAGGCACAAGAACAAAAGGCCAAUCCAGCUGCCACUCCGCAGGAACCUUCAAUUUCGCCAACUCCCCAGGUGACGCCGUCUUCGGCAACCAAUGGUGAAGGACCAGGAUUGCCCGCGAGAUGCCUGAGGAGGCUGUCUCGCGAGCUGCAGCAGAUGGAGGUGCGUAAAGACGAGCUUGUGCGCGAGCACGGGUUGGAGCUUUCUCUCUGCGACCCAGCGGGGAGCGAUCUGCGGAUUUGGUCUUUGCGCCUGCUCGCACGAGGAUUGGAUCCUAGCACAGAGCUCGGACGCCAGCUUCAGAGCUGGACAAUUGAUGCAGUAGAUCUGGAAAUCUGGAUUCCGGACGCCUUCCCGACAUCUCCACCGAAAGUUCGUGUCCUGAAGCCCUGCUUUGAGUCAGGUGCCUUUCGCGUUCAUUCUUAUGGGGCUCUGUGCAUGGAGGUCCUGACGCGUCAGGGAUGGUCACCAGGGCUGACACUCGCCCAGCUGGGCGUUCAGAUCAAGGAUGUCAUGAUGCAAGGCUCAGGCCGUAUCAGCGGCCGAGGGCCUAUGGCAGACUUGGGGGCGAGAGGCCGCCAGUACGCCAUCGAUGUAGCAGACCGCAUUGAGGCCCACCACAGCGACUGGGAAGUGCCAGAGCGGCCAUCAGCGGCACCUGCAGCUGGACGAGCAGCUGGAUGA